AUGGGACACUUGGAAACAAUUUCCCAUCUCAAACCCAUUCAUUUUCGCUCUUCUUCUUUCCAUGCUCUCUGUCUCCUUGCAUUCAUCGUUUUCGUCUUCAACCAACCGUCUAAUAAACCGAUUACCCAUCGUGUCGGGUUAGGGCUCACUUCAAAUUACACUUUCAAGGUCCCAGAACCCACUGAUUGUUCUGGGCUGAAUCAACACAAAGGUUUUGAAAACCAAUGUGAGUUCUUGAAAGCUAACCCCCAAUGUGAUGAAGAUGGCUUCUUUUAUUAUCUGGAGUUUUUCUACUGUGAUUGUCAAAAUUAUGCUGCUUUUGGUUACAUGAUUCUUGUCAUAUGGUUAGCUGCCCUGUUUUAUCUUCUGGGGAAUACCUCUGCAGAUUAUUUCUGUUCUUGUCUUGAAAAAUUGUCUAAUGUAUUGAGGUUGGCACCAACUGUAGCAGGGGUAACCUUGCUUCCAUUAGGAAAUGGUGCCCCUGAUGUCUUUUCUAGCAUUGCUGCUUUUGUGGGUACCGAUAAUGGCGAUGUCGGACUCAAUAGUAUCUCCGGUGGAGCCGUUUUUGUCAUUUGUGUUGUCGUGGGCACGAUUUCGCUCUGCGUGGCUGGUCAAGGCGUGACCAUCGACCGGAAAUGCUUCGUCAGAGAUGUGUCUGCAUUUCUGUUUGCUAUUGUGUCUCUUGCUGUUAUCUUGUUUGUGGGUGAGGUUAAUGUAGGUGGCGCGAUUGCCUUUGUGUCCAUCUAUGUUUUCUAUGCGACGUUUGUGGCCGCUACUGAAAUCUUGCGAAAAAGGAAUGGAGCUUUUAAGUUAGACGAGUAUGCACCAUUGUUACCUCUUGCAACCGCCCCAGAAAUUAGCGAUUUUCGAUCUAUUCACAUGCUGCUUUCGGACACAGAAGACGUUCCACAUCUUGUGGAAUCGAAGGUUCCACAUUGGAUGUGGGGAACAACUGUGGCAAUCUAUUCGGAUAGCCCGAAACCCAUAUGGGGUUGGAUUGAUGGGGAGACACCAAAUCGGAGUUCGGGUUUCUUGUUUUGGUGUUCCAAGUUGUUCACAUGGUUAGAGUUUCCUUUAAUGCUAUCAAGAAGGUUAACCAUUCCUAUUAUAGAAGAAGAUAGAUGGUCAAAAGGUUAUGCGGUGGCCAGCGUCACUUUGGCACCGUUACUAGUGGCUUUCGUUUGGAACAGUCACCAGGACCCGGAUGGCGGUCAAUUGGGCGAAAACCUGAUCUAUAUAGGCGGUGCGGUUCUUGGGUGUUCGCUUGGUUUUGCUGCAUAUAUGUGCACUAGUUGCGACCACCCGCCACAGAAGAUGUUGCUUCCUUGGGUUCUAGGAGGGUUCCUUAUGAGCAUCAUUUGGUUCUGUAUGGUUGCAGAUGAGCUAGUUGCUCUUCUGGUUGCAUUCGGUUACAUCUUUAGGGUGAGCCCAUCGAUUCUUGGGUUAACGGUGUUGGCAUGGGGGAACUCGAUGGGUGAUUUGAUGUCGAAUGUUGCACUUGCAUUGAAUGGAGCGGAUGGUGUGCAGAUAGCAAUAUCAGGAUGCUAUGCUGGGCCAAUGUUCAACGUACUCGUGGGUUUGGGGAUUUCAAUGUUGAUUGGAUCGUGGUCAAAACGACCCGAGGCUUACAUAAUGUCUCGUGAUAGCGGUUUGUUUUGUAAUAUGGGGUUUAUCAUAAUCGGGCUCGUUUGGUCGCUGGUCGUGUUGCCGAAAAACCAAAUGCAACCUAACAAGUUAUUGGGGAUGGGGCUUAUUGGCAUUUACUGUGUGUUUUUGUGUUUGAGAAUAGGGAUGGCCGUCGUGAAUGCAACGAUUUAAAGCAGACUUGUAACCAGUGGUCUAAUUCUUGUGGUGUGUUGUUGUACAGAUGUGCAUAAUUAACACGAGAAAAGGUUGUUUAGUAGU